UCAUUCGUUGUUAACCCUCAAAUGGUUGUCUUCUUCCUCCGGCCAACCCUGGACUGGACCCACCCAAAAUCCGAGUACCAGACAAUCAAUCGAUCACCCAAAACAUCUUUUUCCUUUUUCCCAUUCCUGUCCCUCUAGUUACCUUUUUGAAUCCAUUCUGACUUGUUCUCCUUCCCUACACGAACGAACCAAGCAUAUUCCUUUCUCUCCCCUUCUCCCUCUCCUCUUCUCUCUCAAGCUAAUGAAACAAACGUCAUCACGAACCCCAACCUAAUUUUCCAAUGCAAAACAGCCCCUUCCUCCAUUUCAUCAUUGAGGCUUUCUGGUCCACUGAUUCUUCGUUGGUUUUGUGCGAUUGCCAAUAAUCAUAGUUUAAAAAAGCUUGAGAGUUUUGGAUUUUAGGAUACAAAAAAAAAAUGCUGAAUAAUUGGCUCUUUUUCAUGGAACUAGAUGGGGGGUCUCCGUACAUUUUACCGAUGGAGUCCCUUGUAUCACAUGGUUUUGGUAGUAAUUUCUUUUCAAACUUAUAUGUCCCCGGGAACUUGGCCCUUCAAGAAGCUUUUAAUUGCUUCUCCAAAUUUGCCGGUGCUUUACUUUUUUUGUUCUCUAGUAGUUCCACUUCAAAUUUGAGUAGGAAAAUAUCAGGCAACCAACAUGGUUCAGCAUGCACAAGCUAUAAAUCUUCUGCCCAGGUGAAGCAUGUAGUUUCUAGUACACACAGUCUUGCCGGAUUUCAAUCCAGUAGGAGAUCUAAAAGGGAACCUGCCAUGAAAAUAUCGAGAUUCACUGUGAGACAACUUUUUAAUCAAGCUGAAAGAUUACAAUCAUGUUCUGUUCUCUUAGCUGCUGCUAUGGUAACCCCAUUUGACAACUUAUCUUCUAAAGUACUUGCGGUUCCUUUGGAGAAGACAGAUGUUCAAAUGCAUGAAUGUGUGGACCAAAGGCCUUGUGAGGUGGGCCAUCACGGAUGUGGCGGGUUAUCUUUUGUUGACUUGAAUUGGACCAGACAUGCUGUUGAGCCCAGAACGGGCAUCGAGUUUCCAAUGAUAUUGGACCAAUUCCUAGAUGCAGAGAAUGCUUCAAGUUCAGAUUCUGAGGUGCUUGUUGGAACUGGGUCCAGGACUAUGAAAAUAAUUAAAAUUAGAUCUCUAAAGGUCUAUGCAUUUGGGUUUUGUAAGUAUGUUCAUCCUUCUUCGCUUUGCAAAAAAUUGGGUCCGAAGUAUAGGUCUGUGCCAAUAUGUGAACUAACCAACCACCAUGAUUUUUAUCAAGAUCUUCUCAGGGAGGAUAUUGAUAUGCGGGUUAGGCUUGUGGUUAAUUGCAAUGGGCUCAAGAUCAAUACUGUGAAAGAUGCUUUUGAGAAAUCUCUGCGUGCUCGUCUGGCAAAGACAAAUCCGGACACUGAUUAUCAUUGCCUAAGUGUGUUUGGUUCGUUCUUCACAAAAGAUAUCCCAAUACCUGUGGGAACUAUGAUUGAUUUUCGGCGGACAGCUGACGGACACCUGAUUACAGAAAUUGGUGGCAAUCAGAUUGGAGCAGUCCACAGCAAGGAUUUAUGCAGGGCUUUCUUUGACAUGUACAUUGGAGAUGUCCCUGUGUCUGAGCAAACGAAAGAAGAGAUAGGCAGAAAUGUUGCAGAUAUCAUAAAGAGGUGCUGAGUUGGUUCGUUUCCAGCCAUUAUCUCGCCAUUUUUUAUAUGAGCAAUUGGCUGCAGGUAAUGAACUCACCGCUGCCAGGUUAGCCUCUUGUGAACUGUAUUAUUACUUUAACAGCAUUUUAAGCUGGAGAAGAAUGUUAUGUAGCCUGAGAAAAGGAGAAUUUUAGAACCUUCAUGAGGGUUUGUCCGGAUGGCAUACUUGUUCUUAGGGAAUGGCCUCAUUCAAAUUUGAUUACUCGCGUGUAAUUCUUUGUAGGUUUACAGAUGUAUUACACCUAUAAAUAGCUAUUGUGUACCAUGUUUGUUUACAAAUUUUUACUAUUAAGUGGGGAUGAAAA